AUGGCUUCACGAACAUCACCAUUCGACCUGUCGAAAUGCGCAAGGCCCAAUAUUUUGCAAUUGCAACCCUAUCGAUGCGCCAGAGAUGACUACAAAGACGAUGGGACGAAUGUCCUCCUCGACGCGAAUGAGAAUGCCUACGGUCCUGGACUGGCCUUGAACAGCGAAGGUGCUUUGCAGGCGUCCGAGACUGGCAAUGCGACAGGCGCCUCCAAGCCCGAAAUCGACUUCCUGGGCUUGAACCGAUACCCCGAUCCUCACCAGAUUGAACUGAAGCAGCUUUUCUGCAACCUCCGUAAUACUCACCACCACACACCCAAGACCCUCAAGCCUGAGAACCUCUUCGUCGGCGUCGGAUCAGACGAGGCGAUCGACGCGCUCCUCCGAUGCUUCUGUGUCCCCGGAAAGGACAAGAUCCUCACCUGCCCACCAACAUACGGAAUGUACAGCGUGAGCGCACAGGUCAAUGACGUCGAGAUCGUCAAGGUGCCUCUGGACUCCACAAACGGCUUCCACCUCCAGCCCGAGAAGGUCAACGAGGCGCUCGCAGCCGAUGCCUCCAUCAAAUUAGCCUACAUCUGCUCACCGGGUAACCCAACCGCAAACCUCAUCCGCAAAGAAGAUAUCCGCAAGGUGCUAGAACACCCAACAUGGAACGGUGUCGUGGUAGUCGACGAAGCAUACAUCGACUUUGCCGAAGAAGGAUCCAGCUUGGCCGAGUGGGUGACCGAGUGGCCGAACCUAGUCGUGAUGCAAACACUCAGCAAGGCCUUUGGUCUGGCGGGUAUCCGACUCGGAGUUGCUUAUAGCAGUCCCGAGAUUACGCAAUUGUUGAACAGCCUCAAAGCGCCUUACAAUAUUUCCAGCCCCACUAGUGCUCUCGCCUCCGCCGCCCUGACAGCUCCCAAUAUGGCCGUGAUGCGCCGUUUCCGCGAGCAGAUCGUCGCUCAGCGCAACCGGCUGAUCAGCGAGCUACCGCAGAUCCCCGGCGUAGGCCGAUUCCUCGGUGGCUACGAUGCGAACUUCCUACUGGUGGAGAUUUUGGAUGCUGAGGGGCGUCCGAGUAAUGUUGCUGCGCUGGCGGCGUAUGAGGCGAUGGCGGAGAAGCGUGGGGUGGUGGUGCGGUUCCGUGGUAAGGAGUAUGGGUGUGAGGGUUGUCUGCGUAUCACCGUUGGUACGGAAGCCGAGGUCACUAAGUUCCUGCAGGAGCUGCGAUUGGUUUUGACCGGGGUUCGUGCCGGGACUGGCGUUCAGUCGCUUCGUGACGAGGAGAAGCGGGAAGACGCGGCGGCUGCGGUAGUCGCAUAG